UGUAGACUGAAAAAUAUUGCACCACACAAAACAACAACUCGUGCGUGUGUCGACGUCGCCUCGCUCGAAAAAGAUGGUGCUAUAGCUAGCUGACCUGGGGAGGAAGAUAACGACCGCUCUGCGGUUCCUUGGCAACGCCACUGUCAUCAAUGAGAGGUACUCCAGGCUAUGCUGGAGGAGAUAUGUACGGCUCUUUUGGAAGCUGAUGUGAACGUGAAGCUUGUUGGGAAGCUACGUCAGAAUGUCGGGUAAUGAACAUGUAUAGCUAUACAUACGCUAUAGAAAGCGUUAGGGCUACAGUUUCUGUCAUUGUAGUUUCUGUCAUCCCUACUAGUGAAUUAACCGCAUAAACUGCUAGGUUGCUUUCGACGUACACCACAUAAGGUGGUUAUUGAAAGUAUGGUUGAUCCUUACUCUGUCUCUUUCAUAAGAGUGCCAUAAAUUUACAACAAGUUUGACGUUGUGUUCUCUCACUAUUAAGAGCUGCCAUAGAUUUUGAGGACAUGGGAGCGGGACUCAGCAAGCGCAGGAUCAUCCAGACCUCAGUUUUCAACGAACUCUGCCAACUGCUGGACCCGGGUGUGCCGGUCUGGCACACACGAAGGGUCGGUCAAAUGUCAUCAUGUUGUGGGUCUUCAGGGCAGUGAAAGACUACCACUGUACCAAGUUGGCCUACACUACCAGAAGAAGGGCUGGAAGACAUGUCUGGCGUGUGCGACACGUUCAGAGCUGGUGCCUUCGACCAACUCAAACAGAACGCCACGAAGGCUCGCGUUCCCUUCUAUGGCAGCUAUACGGAGAUGGAUCCAGUGGUGAUAGCUCAGGAGGGAGUGGAGAAAUCCAAGGAAGACUCUUUUGAAGUCAUCAUCGUUGACACCAGGUGGAGGGAGCAUCCAGAGUCCCGUACCCCCGGAGCCUUCUCCCAUCACCCCCAGUCCUCUGCCAAGUCAGCCAGCCCGGGACCAGAGGCUGCAGACUCCAGUGAGGCCAAACCUGAGAAAGAAGGUCCUGCCACGAUGGGAGAGACGGUGGAAGAGGGAGACGAGGGGGAGAUGACAGGGGUGGGGGAGGAGGAGGGGGGAGGAGGGAAGGGGAAGGAAGAGAGGGAGGGGGGAGAGGGAGAGAGGGCCAAACCAAUGGAGGAAACUGGGGAGCAGGCUCAGACAAGUCCCCAGCCAGAAGGUGACUCAGCCCAGCAACAAGCCACACCCACCUCGUCAGAGGAGCCAAUGGAACACAGACACUGUGUCUCGUGCUGUGUGUUUUCAGACUCUCUCACUUCACAUAGUGUCUGACUGUGUACAGCCUUAUUCUGUCUUACACCUACAUACAAAUCUGACUUUGAUGUAAUAAUCUUUUGGCAACACUUACAUACUGAUUCAUGGUAGCUAAUUACAUGCUGGUUUGUUGAAGUUGCCUAUCCUUUCUGUGUAUUAUUUUCCUGAGACACAUGUGCUGUUAUUAACACAUACUGAAGACAUUUGUGGUCCCUUCAGAUGUGCAGUGCAGUAUGCAUGUACACUGUGGCCAUGAUAGAUACUUCACA